GCGGGCGCGUGGGGCCCGGCUGGCCGGGGAGGCGCGGGCGCCCCAGCGCCGAGCCCGGGGGUGGGGUCCCCGCCAGGCCCGCGCCUCCCGGCCCCGACGCGCGCCCGCGGCCUGCGCUAGAACGCGCUGCGAGAGCGCGCUCCGAGGGCGCGCUCCGGGACCGCGGCGGCGCGCGGGGCUGCCGUGGCGGGAGAAGAGCUUCCGGUGGCGGCGGAGGAGGGGAGAGGGUGACCUGCAAGCGGCGCGGGCGGCGGCCCGGGGGAAGCGUUAGUCCAGGACCAUGUCUGGAGAACUGCCACCAAACAUUAACAUUAAGGAACCUCGAUGGGACCAAAGCACGUUUGUUGGACGAGCCAAUCAUUUCUUCACUGUAACUGACCCUAGGAAUAUCCUGUUAACAAACGAACAACUAGAGAAUGCAAGAAAAAUAGUACACGAUUACAGGCAAGGAAUUAUUCCUCUAGGUCUUACAGAAAAUGAAUUAUGGAGAGCAAAGUACAUCUAUGAUUCAGCUUUUCAUCCUGAUACUGGUGAAAAGAUGAUUUUGAUAGGAAGGAUGUCAGCUCAGGUUCCAAUGAACAUGACCAUCACAGGCUGUAUGAUGACAUUUUAUAGGACUACCCCGGCGGUGUUGUUCUGGCAGUGGAUUAACCAGUCCUUCAAUGCUGUCGUCAACUACACCAACAGAAGUGGAGACGCUCCCCUCACUGUGAAUGAAUUGGGAACAGCUUAUGUUUCUGCAACAACUGGUGCCGUAGCCACAGCUCUAGGACUUAAUGCAUUAACCAAGCAUGUCUCCCCACUGAUAGGACGUUUUGUUCCCUUUGCUGCCGUAGCUGCUGCUAACUGCAUUAAUAUUCCAUUAAUGCGGCAAAGGGAACUCAAAGUUGGCAUUCCUGUCACAGAUGAAAAUGGGAACCGCUUAGGGGAAUCGGCAAAUGCAGCAAAACAAGCCAUCACACAAGUCGUCGUCUCCAGGAUUCUCAUGGCAGCUCCUGGCAUGGCCAUUCCACCAUUUAUUAUGAACACUUUGGAAAAGAAAGCCUUUUUGAAGCAGCCCUUUGCUGAAUGCCUGUUUCUGCUGAGCAACGUGCUAGGCGGUAGAGUCACCCAAAAAGGACCUAAGCCGUGCUGUCAGGAAGGGUGGGGUCCCCUGUGUCACCUACGUGGAUCAGCCUCCUUUGACAACGGUUCUCCCUUCCUCUCUAGUCCAUACCUUUCUCCCCUUGCGUUGACCUUCCUGAUGUACCUUUUCACCAGAGGAGUCUCCUCGGGGACCAGGAGGUUCCCGUGGAUGAGUGCGCCUAUUCAAGUUGGAUUAGUUGGCUUCUGUUUGGUAUUUGCUACACCCCUUUGUUGUGCUCUGUUUCCUCAGAAAAGUUCCAUGUCUGUGACGAGCUUGGAGGCUGAGUUGCAAGCCAAGAUCCAAGAGACCCAUCCUGAGUUGCGGCGUGUGUACUUCAAUAAGGGGCUGUAAAGGAGGAAGGGAACGCUCUACCACUAGUCUUGGCAACAGCAAACCUGGUGUUGCCGUAUGGGUGAGGAAAAUCCCGUUUAACCUGGGUUCUCCCAGCUCUAAAUACCUUUUAAAGAUCCACAUCAGCCUUUUAGAAUAAAGCUGCUACUUACAACACAGCACCUGGUGUGGGCCAGGUGCCCAGCACCUGUUGGUUCCCCUACAUUUGGAUAAAUCAUGAUUUAUGGAAAUGCCCUUCCUGUAGCUUUUAUAGAAAUUUUUUCAAAGACAAUGUCUCAGCCCUCACCCAGGGUUUUAAAAAAGCACUGCUAGACAUAGAAUAGGUGCUCAGUAUAUGCUCAGUCAAUGUUUAUUGAUUAUCAAUCAGUGAAAGGAAAUCUGUUUAAAAUACUGAAUUUCCAUCUCAUUAUUAUAUUAAAUCAAGGAGAUCUCAACAGUGAAUUGGGAAAAUAUAAAAGCUCUAAGGCUAACCUGUAGAAUCUUAUCCUUACCUAUUAAGGGCAGUUUGCUUCCAGGUUGGGCCCAACAUGGAUGAUGAAGUUUUAGGAUUUAUAGAGUAAAAGCUCCUUUGUUGUAUCUUCCAAAAGCUACAGUUUGGACCAGGGCAACACGCCCUCCCUUCUGUCCAGUCAUGUGCAUUCAAAUUGUGGGUGGAUAUCCUUGGUGGUUUUUUUAAAUUUACUAUUUUACAUUCUUACAAAGAUGUUCGCUUUACGUUGCAAAUAAUCAAAUAACUGAAAUGUGUAAAUGUCAAAUUUUGGAAGUAUAUUUAAUACCAGCGUGCUGUACGACUGGGUUGAAUCUGAUGUGUCAGAUUUUUCUUAAGACGUGAGACCCCGCAGUUCUAGCUAUCUCAGUGUCCUUUCUUGUCACCCUUAUAAAUCUCUUUCACUUUCAGAAAGACACAGAUAAUAGGUGUAUAAAUCAGACACAGUGAAUUUUACUUGAAUAUUGUGUAUUACAUUGCACCCCGUUUGAAAAUAAUGAAACCAUGUACCACUGUUUACAUCCUCUAUAGUAAUUUCACAGAUAAUAUAUUUAAUAUAACAGAGGUUAUGUUUCAAGUCUGUAGAUGUUUAACGUCAUAUACAGUCAGCCGUCUGUACCUGCGGGUUCCGCAUUCAUGAAUUCAGCCAACUGCAGAUUGAAAAUAUUCUUAAAAAAACAGUCAAAAGUAAUACAACAAUGGAAAAUAAUACAAACUUGAAAACCAAUAUAGUAUAACAAUCAUUUACAUAGCACUUAAAUUGUUUUAGGUAUCAGAUGUACUUUAGAGAUGGUUUAAAGUACACUAGAGGAUGUGCCUAGGUUGUAUGCAAAGACCGUGCCAUUUCUAUCAGAAACUUGAGCGUACUUGGGUAAUUGGUAUCCUGAGGGUGGGAAAGUCCUAGAGCUGAUCCCCUGCAGAUACCGAGGGGCCACUGUACAGGCAGUUGUUUCAUUGAGUGUAGAUUGUUGUAAUUCAGAGAUUUGUAAGUGAAAAAAAAUAAACCAUUUAGUUUUAACAGUAUUUUCUUUUUCCUGACAAUGUGACCAGACUGAAUUUCCUCAUAAAGAAAAAAUGGUGUGCCUUGUGUCUGUGUUCCUCUUUUCUCUGAAAGGAUUAAUGGAUCUGAAGCUUUGGGACCCUGGGAGCCUUCCUUAGGGGGCUGCCAGAAUCUUCUCCUUUUGAUUUUCUGUCUUAAAGUCGUCAAAGCAAAAUGGCUUCCCCAUGACAUUCUGGCCUUGAGCAGGUUCUGUUGCCAUCCAUGCUUCUCUUUGAAAAAGUGGUAAAAGCCUAAAAUUCAGGGCAGAUCUCCAUAAGGUGCUUCAAGGCACUUUUUGUAAGAAGCUAAAGUGCUUGAGGCCCACCCGCCUCACCCCAGCUCGUCUCAGAGUUCUCACCCCUGCUUAAUCUUUAGCUCCGUUUCAGAAUGUUAACCUUCAGGACCACGUUACCAGUAGGGAGACUGAUGAGCUAACCGAAAUUUUACACACACCAGGAAGAUGUGACCAAAGCAUAGUUACAAAAUGAAAUAGUUAUGAUAAUUAAGUAGGAGAUGUGUCUUUUUAAACAUUGUUUUUUGAAGCUUCAGACUCUUAAUGCUUUUAUAUAGAAGUAUUGACUGUAUAGUUUAAUCAUGGUUUAUAAAAAAGAAAAAGAACAAACGAACCAAGAUUAGCAAUCCUUGCUGAUCUUUUAGAAAUACCUUUUAUGGAGGAAAAAAAAAAAUCCAUGUGAAGUGCAAUAAGCUUGUAAAACUAAAUAAUUAUUAAUAUUUCUAUUGACGUGAUAUAAAGAAUUAUGAUGUAAGUAUUUACUGACUGGCAGUUUUAUUUCAGUAUUAGCACAGUGUCUUGCCAGUGUUGGAGUCAAUGUACUAUUUCAUUUCAAUUGGAUGAAAUGUCAAAUAAACUCAGAAUGAAAA